UUUAGGUAUGAAACUCACACUUUCAAUAGUUAAUAGUUUAGGUGGCUAUCUCUAUGAAACACGUCUCUUUCUUCAUAAGAUAGGAAUAAGAUUGUGUAGACAUCUUUCUCUCCCGUGGAAUAAUAAUAAUAAAUACUGGAUAUGUACGUCAUUGUUGGUGUUGUAUUAAAAUGUGAAGUAGAGUCGUCCAAUACACCUUGUGAUUUUCCAUCUUGUUUGAAGCAAUGAAUGUGUUGCUGCAGGUCCCAAACCUGGUCGGUGUUAAUAUUCUUUGCAUUUCAUAGUCCAAAACCCAUUAACAUUAAGUACUAGUGUACUACCCUUGGCAUUCUUCCUUAAACAAAUAAAAAAAGCCACUGGCUCUUUGCUUUACACGAUAUAACGUACGACCUAAGGCAUAAACAAGAAUAUCAUCAACAUUAAUUAAUUAAAGACAUGAUAAUAAAUCUCAAUUUGCGUUAACCGUCCAAACCGACAUUUCACUAUUUUUUUUGCUAGGUAGCACCAAUAGCCGACACAUUCCCAAAUCUCCUACUAUUUGUUUCGCCUAUAUAAACAGUGUCUUGAGCAUGACUAUAUAUAAGGCACAAAAAUUCACUGAAAGCACAAUUUCAAAUAUAUAUUGUAGUAGCUAAAUGGCAGAGGAGACAAUGAACAAGGGUACUAAUGAUGGUGGAUGUGGAUUGUUCAAUUUCAUGGGAAAAAAAGAAGAAGACAAGGCUCACCACUGUCAAUGUGGAGGAGAAGCACAGUCUCACUCUCAUGGAAGCAGUUCAUCACACUCACAGCAAUUCUAGCUCGUUGAAAUUUCAGUCAAGCGAUGAUGAGGAAGUAGAAGAGGGCAGUACCGGAGAAAAGAAAAAGGGACUUAAAGAGAAGAUCAAAGAAAAGAUGUCCGGUACUGACCAUGGUCAGCAAGAAAAUGAAUUGAUUCCUAUGGCUCCUAAUGCAAAUGCAACACACGAAGAAGACAAGAAAAUAGGAUUAAUAGACAAGAUAAAAGAAAAUUUUCCAGGUCACCACAACAAGAACCAGCUGCUCAUACUACUUUAGAUGAGCAAGGUGAACCAAAAGAUGAGAAGAAAGGAUUGCUUGACAAAAUCAAAGAGAAAUUGUCACAAGAACCAUGAUGACGAAGAGAAACACAAGUCUAACUGAAAUUAAGAAUUAAUCCUCUAGCUUCUGCACUACUGUAUGAAUUCAAUCGCUUUUUUAAUCUUUUUAUUUGCUUUACUCUAUGUUUGGAGUAGUGAUGUGAUCCUUGUAAUUGAUUUUCUAUUGUAUGUUUCAAUUCCAAGUAAAUGAAAUUUUCUAUUGUAUGG